CACAACAACAAGCAAGUUUAGUCCAGCUCGUCGCACAACUCCGUGCCACAUCGCUGAAAAGCAGAAAGCAGUCGGACAGAGACGUCGAAAAGGGUGAGCAGGCAAAAAUAUCCCAUAAAAGCAGAAGCAAAACCAGAAGUGAGGAUGAACCUUUUAGUCAUUUUCUCCGUCCUCGCAGCGCUAAGUGUCCACGUGGCGUUUUCUCACAGCUGCUCGCAAAGCAGAACGGUGGCAGAGUGUCGGAUCGGAAAAGGCAGGAGCUACAGGGGAACCGUUUCCAGAUCUUCAAACGGUCACAGGUGUCGCAACUGGAAAUUGUCUUCAUCCAACAAAAUCUGGGGUCUACGAGGAGUUGGAAACCAUAGAUACUGCAGGAAUCCUGACGAGAGCCUGAAGCCGUGGUGUUAUGUUUUGAAACGAGGCAAGGUUGAAAGAGAGUUCUGCGAUAUUCCCAAAUGUGCUAAAUCAACUGCAAACCCAACAACAGCAACUCCUCGUGCUGUAGAUACAGAGAGGACCUGUGGUGAGCGGUCUGAGCGCAGGCUGAAUAAGAUCGUGGGAGGCUCUUUCAUGCCCAUCGAGUCAAACCCAUGGGUCGCUGCUAUCUAUCACAACAAGUUCCUCUGCGGCGGUUCUCUCAUCUCACCCAGCUGGGUCCUCACGGCUGCACAUUGCUUCUUAGACGGAGACCAAACCCGUCUAAAGGAUCUGUCGGUGGUUCUGGGAAAGACUCACAUCAAAGAAAAAGAUCCUGACAGGGAGCAGAGAUUCACAGUGGAGAAACUUAUCAUCCACCAGAAAUACAACAGCUCCAACUACAACAAUGACAUUGCGCUGCUGAAAAUCUCAAGCACAAAAGGACAAGGCGCAUUCAGGACAGCCUCAGUUCGGACAGUUUGCCUCCCUCCGCUCCACACUCAGCUUCCUGUUGGAAUCACAUGCAGCAUCGCAGGAUUUGGGAAAGAAGCCUUUGGUUCGGCGUUUUACUCCAAUCGCCUGAAGCAGGCUGAUGUGACGCUGCUCGCCUCAAGCACCUGCAAACGUGAUUCUUCCUAUGAAAGUUUACUCACUGACAACAUGAUCUGUGCCGCAAGCCCCGACUGGAGCACAGACGCUUGCAAGGGUGACUCUGGGGGCCCCCUGGUGUGUGAAACGGCGGGUCGAAUGUUUCUCUUUGGGGUGGUGAGCUGGGGUGACGGCUGUGCCAGUGAGAACAAGCCAGGUGUUUACACAAAGGUGACCAACUACAACAACUGGAUCGCAAAGAAAACCGGGCUCUAUGAGUAUACAAAAGGCCUGAUGUAUCCUCAGAAGUGAAACGCCGGCGCGGGUCAAAUGGUCUUCCGGCCAAUGCAUGUUCAUAAAAGGAAAAUUUGACAGGCUUUUUUUUUUUUAAGUGUAAAAUGUAUAUAAGCUUGUAUUGAUGUAGUCCGUUUUGGUUGCACAAUACCAGCAUCAGCCUAAAAUGAACAUUGAGAGAGUGUUGGGAUAAAACUGGAUCAGGAUUGUUCCUUAGAAAGGUUCGCUAGGGAAUAAAAAAUAGGAUAAUGUUUGCUACAAUGUUUUCUGCAGUAAAGCUGUACAUUUGCCAGUAGUUUGGGUUACUCCGUCAUCCCCCAAUGGACCAUUUAAACUAACAGGGGCCUAAUAAUUUGACCCUGUGGCUGCAGUGGUGACCUAAUAGUCACGUAGAAAGCCAGUGAAUGAGCUAAAACCAGCUGAAAACAUUGACAAAUAAAUAUUUAUUGCGUAGCCCUUAUUUCAAGAGCAGCUGACAAACUUGGAUGUAUAUGUAACAUUAUAUUUGCACAAAUGGUUACUUUUAAAGAGAAUGUUUUAAAUUAUUUGUUUUUGUAAAUUAAAAAAAUAAUAU